AUGGAGUUGAAUGUCUACAGAGCCGCCCAAAAGGAUGCGGCGAAGGCGGAAUGCCAAAAAUGCAUGCAAUACGGGCACUGGACGUACCAGUGCCGCAAUCGCCGGGUGUAUCUACAGCGGCCCACACGGACGCAGAUCCUUCGCAAUCCACGCUUGAAGCCCAAGCACGUGAACGCCGAUGAUGCUCCCGAAAUUCCGCUAAUAACUGACGGAGACUGGUAUCGGGAUAGGCGCUUGGCAGAGCAGAUUAAGCAGGAAGAAGUGGCUCUUUAUAAGAACACCAAGAAGGGUGCCGAGAAACGCCGACACAGCAGUAGCAGCAGUGAUAGCAGCAGCAGCAGCAGCAGCAGUGAUAGCAGCAGCAGCAGUAGCAGUAGCAGUGAUAGCAGUAGCAGUGAUAGCAGUAGCAGUGAUAGCAGUAGCAGUGAUAGCAGCAGCAGUGAUAGCAGCAGCAGCAGCAGUGAUAGCAGCAGUGGUAGCAGCAGUAGCAGUAGCAAAGCAUCGUCUCGUGCCUCACGUGCAGUUGUCAAGAAGCGUGAUCCCUCUCUCCCCGGAGGAGAAGUAGCCGCAGCUACAGCAUCUGCAGCUAGCGCAACUGGGAGCAGCGGCGUUGCACCUCUUGGUGGGAGUGUGGCGCUGCAUUCGGGAUCAAGAGUAGCAGAAGAGCAGCUUUUACUGGCAGUCAAGUCUGAGCCAGUAGAUCCUGAGGUGCUUGAGCAACAGAAACAGGUGAAAAGGCACCAGCAGCAGCAGCAUCAGAGCCCUCUGGUCAAGUCGGAGACAGAAGUGCCUCGCAAGCGCCUCCAAGAAAGCAGCAGCAGUGGUAGCAGCAGCAGCAGCAGUGGUAGUAGUAGCAGCAGCAGUGGCAGCAGCAGCAGUGGUAGCAGCAGCAGCAGCGACAAUGAGAGCAACAAGAGGAAGGCACGUCGGAACCCAAAGAAAUCGAGACGAUUGUGCAGAAGCAACGAAGUAAGCUCUGCUGUUCACCGCACCAAGUGGGAGGUACACCACGAGGCGAAGAGUUUGGAAGACGCGAUGAUGAGGGAGAAGCAGCAGCAGCAAGAGUAUUCGCGAGGGAGAGCAGAUGAAGGCAUAUUUCGAGAAGGAAGACGCGACAGAGGUGUCGAGCGAGACAGAAGGAUGGAAAUGGGCAAAAGCGAAGCAACACGGGAGGCUAGGGGAAGGUCAGGAGAUAAUUCUUAUCGAAAUCGGCGAGGAUCUGUGCAAGAGGGAGAGAGAGAUGGACGAGAAUACUGCAGAAGGGAUAGAGGGAGUGACAGAGGGCGAGAGAGGCAUGUCGAAACAGGGGAAAGAAGAAAGCAACUUGCAGAAAUUGACGGAAGGGAUAGAAGAGAGGAAGGCGGAGAGAGAGGGGAGAGAGGAGAGAGAGACAGAGAGGUUGUGAGAGACUCGGAGAAAUGUGAAUCUCGAGACAAGCAGCGUGGCAGGGGGGAGAGUGAAAGGGUAGGGCGAGGUAGAUAG